UCGCACCGGGUAACGUCUCUCUCUUCUUUCGUCUAUUUGUCGCACAGUACAACUGGCUCGUCGCCGCACGUCACUUUCGUCUAUUUGUCGCACAGUACAACUGGCUCGUCGCUCACGGCACCUCACCUCCACCUCACCUGACCUCACCCCUCACCCGACCUCACCUGGAGGUCAUGUGCAGGGCACCGCAACCCCGCCCUCAGCUCUGAGCAAGGAGAGCUUAUCAGUGCAGGCGCGCGCGGUACACAUCACCUCGGAGGGAGGCGGAAGUGGAAGCGAGUAGUUGGCGCACAGCACGUGCUAGGGGAGGGAAGCGGAUAGUAGCGCACAGCACGCGCGAGGGGAGCGGAAGCGGAUAGUUGCGCGCAUACGGUACGUGCGAGGGGAGCGGAAGGGGAUAGCGGCGCGCCCGCCGUUGGUGCGACGGUGGCGGGCCAGCUGUACGUGCAGUACCCCCCCCCCCUCCUUUGCUCUGGCGGCUUCUUCCUUUUCGGCUCUCACUUAAUUACAGAGCAAGUGGCUUCUUGUAGUCCUAGACGCUGUGAGCGGUUACUUGUCGAGCAACAGGCAACCGUUGUGCUUGCCGACAGACGUCCUUGACUAUUGUCAUGGCAGAAGCGGCGGCGCCAACGGCAGAUGGUGUGCCAAAUUCGAUCGCAGAAACAAAUGCAGAUGCAGUGACGACUGCCGAGAAAUCUGCUACCCUUGCAAGCAAAGCGGAAGAGCCAUCGGCAGAGGCACCAAAGAACGAUGCUGCUGAGCCUGCAGCAGGAGAAGCUUGUCAGGCUACAGAGAACAAGGAGAUCGCACCAGUUAGCACAGAGGCGGAUGCCGGGGAAGGGAAAACCGAAGGAACUAGCACUUCUGCAGAAAACACAGACGUCAACGCGGAUGCCUUAGGUGGUGGUGGUGGUGGUGACGAAGCCGUGACUGUUCAGGACAAUGGGGAUGAUGCUGCCAAGGAUGGUCAGAAAGAAGCGAAGGAAGGAGAUGGUGUCCAGGAUCCCUUGCCAGCUGCAGAAGCCCCUAGCGCUGUGCAACCGAUGGAAAGCGAAGGCGACAAGGAGAGCGGCGGCGAUGAGGUGGAGGUGGUUAAGGAGGUGGAGGUGGUUAAGGAGGUUGUAAGGGAGGUGGUAACGGAGGUUGUAGCGGACGAAGUGAAGGCCGUGGUUCAUGAAGAAGUAAAGGAGGAAGAUGUAAAUAGCAAGGAGGUCGGCGCGGAGGGGGGCGUUCAGAACGAGGAGAUGGAGGAGGCUCCAGAAGAGAAGGAUGAGGGAGAACCGGCGGCGAAGAAGGAGGAGGAGGGAAAGAGAGGCGGUGAAGCGGUGGAGGAUAGUGGACGUGUAGAGCCUGAGAAGAAGAAGCAGAAGACGGAGGGGGAGGUGAGUAAUGAGGUGAAACUGGGCCCGAAGGUCUUUCGAUCUUCCACGGAGAUGUAUGAUUACUUCUUUGACUUUCUCCAUGGAUGGUCUGUUAACCAUGAUGUGAAUAAGUACGAGUUCAUGGUUCUUAGUGACCUGCUGAUGAAAGGUCAUGCGGAGCCUGCGAGGAAAGUUGGCUGCGGGAUCAAGAGCUUUCAGGUCCGAUUUCAUCCGAAAUUUGAUACGAGAUGCUACUACAUAUUGCGAAAAGACAACAGUUUCGAGGACUUCAGCUAUAGGAAGUGUGUCGAUAAGUUGAUGGGCCUGCCUAAGGAGCUGUUGGCAGAGGUGUUGGGGCCAAAGGGAAGGGGUGGAGGGAGGGGUGGUGGAGGAGGAAGAUGGCGAGGCGGAAGGGGAGGAGGCAGAGGAGGGGGGUAUCGUGGUGGUAGACGAGGAGGUAGGAACUGGUAGUAUAACUCAAGUGAGCGACAAGGCACUUGUAUCAUUCCUUAUCCUCUAUGUUUCCUUUCUUUCUCUCUUUGUCCUUUUCCCUUUUUCCUUUUCUCCUUUUCUCCUUUUCUAGUGUAGUGGACGUGUUCCAAGGACACUUGAGUGAUUGGCAGGUUCCCCUUCACUCUCAAGGGUAGCGCAAAGUGUACGAUGAGUGUGUGUGUGGAGGGGCAAGGAAUUGUCCGGUUCCCCUUCACUCCAAGGGUAGCGCAAAGUGUACAAUGAGUGUGUGUGUGGAGGGGCAAGGGAUUGUCCCAGCUGUUGGGUCCGUCUUUUGUAUCAUUUUUGAGAAGUUUGUGGCAAGUGCUGCCCGCUCCACUGUUUCAUCUGUUUGUAACCGGCUUGUGCGUGAAUGUGCAUGUUUUACCUUCUUGAAAGAGAUCAGUUACUCAUAUAACUUCCGAGGAUGGGAAAAAAAAACAAACAAACUCUGUUGCAGAUU